CAUGGAAACAAUCCAAGCACUGUGCUGCGUUGGAAAAUUAUAGGAGCGGAGCGCGCUAUACCUCUCAGAAUACGCGGACUCUCAUGUUACUUUGAUGCACGUGGUGUGAAAGGCGCUCAUGGAAAGCGCAAGGACGUAUUAACCCUAAAAAAGAGAAGAGCAUUGCCUCACGUAGUGCCCCACUGCGGUCGUCAAGGCGACGAGAUGACAACAGAGAAAGUCUAUUGAAAGCAGCGAAACAAAUCAAGCAAGAGACACGACGAGUUUUGGGCAAGGCGGCCAUUUUGGUGACGCUCUCGAAGGGAAAACAAGUCAAGCCCCAAUAGACAUAACCACACACUUUGAAGUGAUGGAGACACUGGUGGAGUCCAGUAAUGAGGAGCAAGCAGAAAAUGAAGAUGAGCAGGCGGGAGAAGCUGAUGAUGUCUUGGCUGUGUGUGAUUUCCUGUCUAGUCCACCCCUUCCUGAGUCAUAUAGAUGUAAUUCCGUGGAGGAAGUCCGCCUGCUGGCCAUUGCUGACAACUUCCAGCGUCAGUAUAGCCUUUUGUGUCCCGAACGGAAAUCUCUGCUGCUCUGCCCCAUCAACGAAUGUGGUGUCCAGAAGUUUGUGUCGACUACUCUGCGCCCCACCAUGACAAGCCAUCCCGAGCUGCUCAAUUGGGAAGGAUGUGCUUCGUUUGUGGCUGACUUCCUGUCUCUGAAUCCCUUGGAGCCACCUGGAGAGCUUCCCAGAUUCUUGUUCUCUUCCACUUCAGUGUUGCGAAGUCAGACAGCAACAUGUUUCGAGUAUGCCUCCGUACUGUGCAGUCUACUCCUGGGUGCCAACUAUGACGCUUACUGUGUUAGUGGCUACGCUUGCAAAGAGAUGUGUCUGCUCGACCAAAGACUGCAAGACUGCCCUUUGUUGGACACCCAGGAAAAGGCCGCAGCUUCUGACUUGCCGGUUGAUAGUGAGCCUGCAGUGAGAUUUCAACGUGAGCCAAAGAGUCGUUUCUUGAUACAACAGGCCAAGAAGAAACAGGAAGAGGCAGACGCCAAAGCCAAGCAACAAGAGCAGGAGGUUCUGCAGCCACCUGAUGACCCCCUGCAGGGUUUGCGGGUUCACUGUUGGGUCCUUGUGUUGGCUGGGUGCCGCAGCGUCGAGGACAAUUUCUUUGUUGACCCAAUGACCGGAAGAAGCUACAGCACCACGUAUGAGCAUUUUCUGGGUGUAGAGAGUGUGUGGAACAACCUCAACUACUACGUCAACAUGCAGGACUGCAAGGACGGCUGUGCUGAGCUGGUGUAUGACCUGCAUGACAUCAAAUUGUGGGAGCCCAUCUUGUUUGGUGUCACCAGUAAAAGACAACUGAGCAUCAACCUCCUCAAGAGGAAAGAGAUGAAAAUGAUGGGCAUGACUUGGGAGGACGAAGAAGAAGAGGAGGACCGUGUCUUUGAGAUGCCAAGAUCCUGGGUCUCUUCAAUCACCAUUUCCCAACAAGACUUGGAGACUCGUUGGCCAGGAGGCAAAAAGUUGACUCGCUACAAAAAAGCAGAACUGGAGAGGUUUGCACCCUACCUGCGAAUGGAUGGUCUAGUGACGCGACUGAACAUCUACAAGGACAUGGACUGUACAGAGGGUGGUGACAGUGAAGGAGUGGUACAAGGACAGAAACGACCACCUGAAGGAGCGAGUGUUAGAUAAAUUGACAGGCAUCACCACUGAGCGCUUCACCCCGGGGCGACACUUUCACCUUUUGUUUCACAAAUUCACGUCAGCUCAAACAGAUGGCAAUGAGCAUGACAUGGAAUUUAGUGGUGCUCGUGUGGAUGGCCUAGUACGGCGUGUGGACACACCAGGGGAAAUGACAGAGAGCUUCG